AUGAGCAAUGGAGUUCCCCUCCGGGGGCCUGAAGCGGGCCUCUCCAGGGAGGUGCCCAGAGAGCCGGGCGUGGCCUCCUGGCUUGGCCUGCGCUCCUCGACCUCCCCUGAGCCCCCCCCCCCCCCGCCAGGACGCUGCAGGGCAUCUGCAGGAGGGAGGGAUGCUUGCUUCCCGCCCCUGAGACCAAGGCCUCCCGGACACGCUUCAGGGACCGCGCCCCAAGCCGGCGGCGCUCGAGGCCACGGGAGACAGAGGGCGCCCCAGGCUCCUGGCGGCCCCGCCCCCCGCCUGGCCCGUACACCUGGGCCCAGCAGCUCCGUCCUGCAGUUGCGCCUUCCGGGUCCUGAGAACGCUGCCCAGAUGGACGGCGAGGCCGGAGAGCGCCCCCAGGAGGCGCGUGAGGGUCCUGCUGCCCCGCCCCGGGUUGGGGGGGUUAAAACGCCAGCGACCACAGCCUCCCGGGCUCGCAGCGACUCGCAGGCUGCAGGAGCGGAGGGGAGACCCCAGAAUGCCCCGGGCGCUGAGCAGCCCCGCGCAGGCGCAGUCCCUCCCCGCCUUGGGCCCCUGUGCGUAUGCGUGGGGGGCGGGGGGCCCUUGCAGCGGUCCCUCCCACCCUCGGGCCCCUGCAUGUGCGCGUGCGCGGUGGGGGGGCCUCCAGCAGCCCCUCUCGCCCUCGGGCCCCUGUGCGCGUGCGCAGUGUGUGGGGGGAGCGCCUGCAGCGGCCCCUCCCGCCCUCGGACCCCUACGUGUGCGUGUGCGCGUGCGCGGUGCGGGGGGGGGUGCCUGCAGCGGCCCCUCCCGCCCUCAUCUCAGGAGCCGGGCCUGAGGCAGCGGGUCUCGGCGCCCGAGGUCCGCCCUGUCCCGAAGCGCCGUCCUCAGAGCCCCCGCCCCCCACGCGGGCGCGGAAACCAGCAGCACCCACGAAGCAGGUGCGCGGUGGUCGGGGAGCCCCCGCGGCCCGGCUGCUGGGACCCGAUGCCUUCGGAGCUGCGGCGCUCCCGGCCUCGGGUCGGGCCCGUGCCCUUGGGCCGGGAGGUGCCUGGUGGCCCCGGUUCCCAUCGUGGACGCGCCGCGGCACAACCAGAGGAGCCUGGCCCGGCCCUGGAAGGAUCAGAAGGACAAGCUGUGGGUGAGGAGCAGGUAUGA